GGCUCAGGCUGUAAACAGACAGCGGUUUGUUGAAACUUCCGCCAUGGCGAUACUCAGCUUCUAAAACCCUAGACGUAAAUAUUCUCAUUUUUGUUUCUUCUUCAUCGAAAUUAGGAACUCAUGGGGAAUCUGGACAGUCUCCCAGUAGAAAUCAUUCUAGAAAUUCUCAAGCGUCUAGACAUUGAUUCAGUAAUUCAGUACCGAUUAGUAUCAAGAAGCUGGAAUUAUCUUGUUUAUCAUCAUCUUCUCGAUUAUUUCAAAGAAACUCAAAUGGAGUUUGAGCGGAAGGCAAAGGAGAUUGAAAUCAAGUGGGGUUUGACUGAAAGGGUAGAUGAAAUUAAACCUCAAGUUGAUCCGAUGUUGUCCAUCAUCUCAAUUUGCUUCAGAAAACUUGAGGAGAUUAUGGGGUGAUUAUGGAGUUCUUCAAUCAAGACGUUAUCGAUGCACUGAAGAACUCUGGUGGAACGAAUGCACUCUUCGAAUACGGAAAGCUCCUACUUCUGAAAAACUUUACAGAUACAGAUUUGAAACGCUAUUUUUGAUUCGUUUACACAGUAAAGAACGUGUUGAAUGUUUGGAUCUUUUUGAUAUUUUGGAACUUGUUGAUUGUAUUGACGAACGGCUAAGGAUAUGUGAAAGGUGCAAUUGCUCAACAUUUGAAAACUCUUUGCAUCUGCAUUUUCAUCCUAUUCAACCUUCGUGUUAUAUCAUAAAUGCGGUAUGUGCAGGAAAAGAUACUUACUCAAGAAGCUACAGCAACCGCAAAGUACUUACUUAGCAUCAGGUUAUUUUCUUUUUGAUUUCAGCUUGUCAACUGAAUUAUUCCAAAACCGAACAUAAACUAGAUUUUGAUGAUUUACAUUGUACAUGCGGUAAUAGAAGUAAACUGCAUUUAUUAGUCCCUUCAAUAAUUAAUGUAAAUAGUACCAGUAAAAUGGAAUGGAUU